GCCUAGAGCUCUUUCUGUUUGCUGUGCCACCUCCUGAUGGGACCUCAGCAGGCGCAAUCCAAUGAUGUGUGUCACCCCCUUGAACGACAGUCACUUCACCAAGAAAAGGUAAAGCGCAUGCCUAUUCUAUUGGAAACACAUGUUCAUCGAAAAGCGUAACACAUUUUCUUAGGAUUUCAAUAUGGCGUUGCUCGGCAGGCUGAGAGGUUCUUAUGCGCCCACCCGUGCGCCAUGCCUAGCCAGAUGUCCGCUGCAAACAAUAGGUAGAAGGCCUAUGUUUAUGAGGCCCUUGCCACGGACCUGUUGCGUGGCUCCUGUGGCCAGCGGCAAAAACCGUCGAAAGGCCGCAAGAGGUUCCCAUCUCGAAUUGGUCAAGCUGCCCGAAGAGGCAAAGCCUCCGAAAAUUGAACUCGCUGAGGAUCAGGAGAAUGCAGUCAGGUUGGCGCUAUCGGAGGAGCGGCCCAACAUCAUCCUGACCGGCUCGGCGGGUACCGGCAAGACGGUAGUGCUCAAUGAGGUCAAGUCCCGCCUGAGCUCCAAGCUCGCCAGCGAGUACUCGAAGAGGGUGGCGGUCACCGCCAUGACGGGGAUUGCGGCCACCCACGUGGGAGGCGUUACCAUCCACUCCCUGCUCUGCUUGGGGCGCCUAGAGCAGUUCAGGAACUUCUUCAACAUUCUGCAGAAGUCCACUGCCCUGGAUACGUUGUACGAGCUGGACACCCUCAUCCUGGACGAGAUGAGCAUGAUGAGUGCGGAGAUGCUGCAGGGGCUGGACGCAACGCUGACGAAGGCGCGCAAGCAGGCGGCAGAGAGGGCGCGGCUGUCGGGUACGGUUAGAAAGGACAUGGACAAGGAGCGGUUGGACCGCCCCUUCGGCGGGCUGCAGCUGGUGCUGUGCGGCGACUUCUUUCAACUGGGGCCCAUCGAGGGCAAGGGCCGGCAUUCCGCGGACGGUGGGCCCAAAUCGGCCCCGCUGCGGCCCUUGGAGCAGACCUUCCUCAACCGGGGCUACCUGUUCGAGGCGCCCGUGUACGAGUACGGCGGCUUCAAGGUGGUCCACCUCACCAAGGUGUUCCGUCAGUCGGACGCGAGCUUCCAAAGCGACCUGAUGACGGUGCGCUGCGGCGGGCAGGACAAGUACGAGAAGGUGAUGGAGCAGCUAGUGCGGGACUGCAGCCGCCCGCUCGAUGAGUCAGACGGCAUAAAGGCCACCAUACUGUAUGGCAAGAACUUCAAUGUAGACGAGGAGAAUAACAAACAGCUGCAGAACCUGAGCACACCGGAGGAGUCGUUCAUCGCCCAGGACACGGUCGCCAUCACCUUUGAGCCCCCGGCUGAGCACGACACGCGGAAGUGGCGGUUGGACGCUCAGCACUACCUGAAGAACAGGGACUAUGGGCUUUUCGCUGAGUGCCAGGCGGCGGACAAGGUGCAGCUUAAGGUGGGUGCGCAGGUGAUGCUGCUGCGGAACCUGGACGUGCAGGCAGGGCUGGUCAACGGCUCGCGGGGGGUGGUGGUGGGUUUCAAGCCCGCCUCCAUGAGCGACUACGCCUGGCAGCAGCCACUAGCGACGCUGGAGAAGAGCCUGCGGUUGAAGCCGGUGUUGGAGGCCCUUGACAGCUGGUACGAGGAGAACGGCCAGGUCCCCGUGGUCAAGUUCGCUAACGGCAAGGAAAUAGAGGUGGCGCCCACGAUCUUCACCCAGCUACUACCGGGUGUGGGGGCGCGGUUUCGAGUGCAGACGCCUCUCCGGCUGGCCUGGGCUCUGACGGUGCACAAGUCGCAGGGCAUGACACUUGACAAGGUUAUCGUGGACCUCUCAACCCUGUCCAGCUGGCAAGGUGCCUGGCACGGCGUGGUCUACACCGCCCUGAGCCGGGUGCGCAACAAGGAGGGGCUGCAGCUGAUUGGAACGGCCAAGCGCACGAUCGAUGAGCGCGUUCUGCGGUGGUCGGAGGGCAGGCGAGCUCCGGCGGUGUACCGGACGGACCCCGGCAGCGACAGCCGGUGGCUCUGGGAGAUGGAACUGCCGGACCUGAGCCGCCCCAAGAACGCGGCCGCAGAGGAGUGGUUCCGGAACGCCCCGCACCGGCAGCUGUUCGAUGGCAGCGGCGGCGAGAGCAGCAGCACCAGCAGCAAGGUUGAGAUGGCGACGAGCGCGGUGGGGGCUCGCCAGCAGCAGGGCAGCUCGGAUGAGGGCCCUGCUGGCAGCGGGUCGGGCUCAUCAGUCCAAGGGGCUGCGGCUGUGGGAGCAGUUGUGGCUGGCCUGGCGGGCGGGCCGGACUCCAUGGAUGUGGUGGAUGGCAGCAGCAGCAGCUGGUCCUCAUCAUCGGGUGCUGCCCUGCUGGCUUCGGGCGGAUCCGCCGAGCUGGGCCCUGGGGCCGCGGGGCAGCAGCAGCCUGUCGCAGACGUCCCCAACGCCGUCUUCAGGCUCCUGGCACGCGUAGACGAGGAAGCCACCAAGGAGGCGCUAUCAGAACCCGCCGACAGUGAGGAGGAAGAGAAGUCGGUUGACGAGGGCACCUCGCUGCUGACCGCGGCAAUGCGUGCUGACGACGGCCCGUUGAGUUCCGAGCUGCAGGGCUGCCUCGACGACCUGGAGGAGCAGCUGCAGCGCAAGAAGGGGAUGCUCAAGUCGGAGCUUCGCUGCCUACGGACGCGGAUGUGGGUGCUGCUGUCGACGAUGCGGGCGGAGGGGCUGUGAGGGGUGCUAGGUGGUAGGGCAUCGGAGGGCAGCAUGCACGCAUUGCAGGUGAGGGUACAUCGUAUGGCGGGUCUGGUCGUAGUGGUGGUUGGUAAGAGUGGCUAGCAGUGAGCUCCAGGUGUAAGCUAUUCGAUGUAUCUGUGCUGAGGGGCCACGGUAGCAUCAUAGGGCCGCCAGCAGGGUAGCCCUAUAGCCUAAUAACGAUCUCCUUUCGUCAUGACGUACGGCGGGGGUAGCCACCGCGAGUUUGAGUGAUGACUUUAACCAGGUCACCAUGUUUGUUUCAUAACUUGUAUUAUCCGUAGCAAGACAACUCUCGGGGAUCCAGGGCGGCAGCAGAACUGCGUAUAUCUUGCUCGAGCUCGAAGGGAUUAUGUUGGUCACGCCAGGAUGGACGGUGCAUGUAAUGCACCAAGUGUACGGAACUGUGCGGAUUGUACCUAUAUAGCUGUUAUCCUAGAAGUCUUCACUGGCGGCUGUUGUGUAGUGUAUGUCUGCAGGGGCUAGUUAGUAAUGCUGGAACUUACUCCCAACGUGACGGGACCCAUGGGUCACAUUGCUGUCAGAGCUGUGCGUUGGCAGUGCCAAAGGUAAGAACGUAACAAAUCAUGCAGCUCCCGGUUAUCUGAGCGUCACAGCUGUAGCGGGCCCGCUUUGCGCGCGGUUGGAGAUCUGAUAGUAGUGUUUGGAGGAGCGUGUCUUGUGCGCGAGUGCAGGUCGUGCGCAGGAGGCUGGCGUUGCAAAGUGUGACUGAUAGUGCGGAAUUCUUUGUCUUGAAGCCCUGCACCCAUGGAAGGAGGUCUGGAUUGCAGAGCGAGCCGGCGAGUAGGAUCCGCAGAUACUGAUGGCCCCCUUUCCGUGCUGUGCCUUGUAACGCCUUGUUACCACUA